AUGUCUUUCUCAAAAUUCAUCCUCCCUGCUCUCGCUCUCGCGAGCUCCGCCCUCGCACAAGGUGACGUCUGCGAUGGCCCUUCCAUCACAAUUGCAAGCAGCACAGAUGCUGAACAGAUCGCCAACUGCCAAACAUACGACGGAGAUGUCAUUAUUGAUUCCACUGCCUCAGGACAAGUUGCCAUCAACGGGGUUCAACAGAUUACGGGUGAUUUUUCCUGCGACAACGCUACCCAAUUGACGGCCAUUACCUCCGAUCAGCUGAACUCCAUUGGCGGUACUUUCAGUUUGACCGGUCUUACCAUUUUAUCCACCCUUCAAUUCGACUCCCUCACCGCAGUAAAUCGAAUCAACUGGGUUGGGCUUCCUGCUCUGCAAAGCUUGAACUUUGCCCAGGGCGUGUCGAGAUCCAACCAGAUCUACAUCUCCAACACCCAGUUGAACAACAUCAAUGGUAUCGAGUUGACCGCCGUGGGGAACAUGGAUAUCAACAACAACCCCUAUCUCACCUCGGUCAAUGUCAACGAUCUGUCUAAUGUGACCACCUUUCUUUCGUUCUCUGCCAACGGACGUGACUUGGAAAUCAGUUUCCCCAACCUCGAAGACGCGGCCAACUUGACUUUCCGAAAUGUCAGCAAGAUUGACAUGCCAUCCCUCGCCAAUGUCGCCGGCUCCAUGGGUUUCUACUCUGACUCCUUCAAGACUUUCUCGGCCCCCAACUUGACUCAAACUGGUGGCACAUUGGCCUUCGUCGACAGUCCUGACUUGAGCAACUUGUCUUUCCCUUCGCUCACUCAGAUUGGGGGUGGUUUCUUGAUCGCAAACAACACCGAUCUCAAGACUAUUAGCGGUUUCCCCAAGUUGGAGACCAUUGUCGGUGCUCUUGACUUCGCAGGUACAUUCAAUAGUGUUACCAUGCCUUCCCUUACCGAUGUUCGUGGUGGAUCCAAUGUCCAGACCACCUCGACCAACGAAACCAUCUGUGACGUCUUCGACACUGCUCACGAAAGGGGAGUUAUCAAGGGUGUCAACACCUGCAUCACCAACAAGGCCAACCCGGAGACGAACCCAUCGGCCACUAGCGGUGGUUCCUCUUCAACUUCCACAAGCAGCUCCGACAACACCAACGCCGCCAAUGCUUUUGGUCCUCAAGUUCCUAUGACGGGCUUCAGCGCCCUGAUUGCUGCCGUUCUCUUCAUCUAA